CCACACUCCACACGUCUUCCUUUUACGACUUAACGAAGAAGACGGUGUUUCUACUGGCCUUGGCUACGGCCGCCCGGGUUAGUGAGCUCCACGCCCUCGACGUCUCUCGGGUCAGGUUCGAACGCGGGACUCAUGGAGCAGUUCAUCUUGGGCUGUGCUGGGACUUCAUCGCAAAGAAUCAACUCCCCGGACAGCCUGAUAGAUCCUUCACCAUCCCUCCACUUUCGUCGAUUGUGGGUGCCGACGACGUGGAGGAGCUUUUAUUAUGCCCAGUUAGGGCCCUGAAGGUUUUCCUGCGACGAUCUAAAGCCUGCCGUAAGUCUAGGAAACGCCUUUUCCUACCGGUCUCCCCUUCGUCGCUGUCGGAGGUCAGCCGGAAUACUAUCUCCCUGUGGCUCCGGGCGGUCAUCCUUCAAGAUUAUAAAGUCGCCGGAUUGGACCCCCCCAAGGCUAACAACCCCCACGAGAUUCGGGCGGUCGCUCUACCAUGGCUCUGCACAGUAACUGUUCCCUCAAAUCUAUCAUGGAAGGCUGUUUUUGGCGUUCCGACACCGUUUUCGCCAACCACUACCUCCGUGAUGUAGCCUUGGAAGAUGUCGCUGGCGUUCAUAGCUUUGGUCCCCUGGUGGUAGCUCAACAGGUCACCAACCCCCGACGCCACUGAUUCUCCGUUACCCUGAGCGGGGCCCGUCGAACUCUCUGGUGUUUAUCACCACAGAUUAGAGGGCUCUACUGCGUUCCGCAUUCGCUCUUAGGUCAGUGCUAGUUUUGGCAUUCCCGCCUCAUACUAUUUCUGUCACCUAUUUCGGGUUCCCUCUUUUGCAUCGACUCUCGUUUCCUUUGACAGGAAUGGUCGCUGGUGUUCCGGUCAUCUCUUGUCCAUGCGGUGCGAUUUCAUCGGACCUUUGUCGAGGGUUUUCUUCUGGCUCACAUCUGAAGGUGCUGUAAACAAGACUGUAAAAAGAAGACUAUGGACGAAAAGCACGGGAACACAAAGGACAAGUCAAGGCCACGAAUAACUGCAAAUGUAGAUCAUGGAAGGAUACCAUCUCCGUUCAUUGCCACAGGAUCGAAAGGAUCUCAGCCCCUUGCCUUAGGACAUGUUCAGCAGGGAUUUAUACCACCUCCGCCCCCUGCUUUAGGACAUGUUCAGCAGGGAUUUAUACCACCUCCGCCCCCUGCUUUAGGUGGGUAUAGAUAGGAUUAAAUGUAAAUAUGUCCAACUGUAAGGCACAAAACACAGAAUAGGAACUUUUACUCGUGUUCCGGCCAUCAGCGAAACUGUGGGGAACGACCGUCUUAAUAUUUUUGGAAAAAGAAUAUUCACUGUUUCUAGACAUUGUGCGCAUGUUUCCCUUUUAUUGGACAUCAAAUGAACAAUGAGUGUAUUAGUAUUUUGCAAACGCGUUCCAUUCCAAGCA